AUGUGUGAAAAAGUCACGUUUCUCCCACUAAUGAGAAGCUCCACCAGCGUUCUGUUUUCACAUUGGUUGGCGUCCAAGCUGAUCACAAAGAACUUGACUUCCGUCCGAUUCCUCGACGUCGUUCCAACCGAGAGUAGAGUGAAGAGCUCGCCUGGUGCGUUGACAACCAUGAAGACUCCGAUGCUCGAUGUUGGAGUUCUCCGGAGUGAACUUCAUGUGACAUACGACUUCUCUGAAAACAUACAACUUGUAAUCUACAGAAUUUACAGUAUCUACAGUAUCUACAGUAUCUACAGUAUCUACAGUAUCUACAGUAUCUACAGUAUCUACAGUAUCUACAGUAUCUACAGUAUCUACAGUACCUACAGACUUUGCGGAGGCCGAACUGGAUACAAAAAUUUUAGGAGAGGGCGUUUAUUCCAAUACGCUGCGAAGGGCUUCAAUGGUCCUCCCAAUUCUUUCGCGACACUUCCUUUGAUCCCCCAUCUCAUGGAUUACAUCCUCCAAGAUGUGUACCUGCUUGCCGAUUUCCCAGUUUCUUUCUCCCGUGGCCAGACCCAGUUUGAUGUUGGUGGCUUCAAGUAUGUCGACAAGGGUGACAUCCCAUAUCCAGUCCACCACCUCCAUCAUCUCCCAACGAAUUUCCGCCACUUUAUGGAUUUGAGUAGGAGUUGA